AUGAAGAAUACUGCGAUACCUCAGAAGAGGUUCAGGCCCACUGUCUUGCCCGAUUUUAGACCUUCAGGAUUGUUAGAGCUGGAAUCUAACAAUAAAGAAGGUGUUUUGUUAAAACAUGUAGAGCCUGCCGAUGCAUGUGAACCCAAUACCUUCUACGCCAAGACUUCUAUAGGACAGCGGCCUCUUUACAAAUUGAUGGUUUAUCGAGAUGAUUCACUGGUACAAGAGUUUGAAUUGAUGGAAAAAAGUAGUUAUAUAGUCGGCAGAGCUUCUGGUGAAACCGUAGUAGCAGAUAUACCGAUUGAAGAGGAUACAUGCUCCAAGCAGCAUUGUGUAAUUCAAUUUCGUCAACAAAACGGUCAGUUGAAAGCGUAUCUGAUGGACUUAGAAUCAUCGAAUAGUACUACGUUAAAUGGAGAUGAAAUACCGUCAUCCCAUUAUGUACAACUACGUCCUGGUGAUAUUAUAUCAUCGUUGGAUUCACAAUACGACCUCGUUUUCAUGAAUAGCUAA